UUUUCGAUAGCCGUGUUAAUUUGUAUUCAAAGAUUCCUUUUAACGAUUUUGAAUUGUUCAAGUUGAAACAUAAGCUUGUUUCUGACAGGACAGUAUUUAUCAGAGCUGCGUUCGGAAAAAGUGAUUGAAAAUUUUGUUCUGACAAAAUGACUUAUUUUAAAGAUAAAAAAAUCAUAAGUCCUGAUUUAAUUAACCAAAUUCGAACAAAAUUUCAAGCUUUCAAAAACAUAGUCAUCGAAUAUUGUGAAGAAAGUUCAAUUCAUGGCUUUAAAUAUAUCGGAGAACGAAAACGGCCAUUCUUCGAUAGAAUCAUUUGGCUACUUGCUGUCAUCAUUUCAAUAUUAUUGUGUUACUAUCUAAUUGGAAAUAUUUUCAAUCAACGCACUAAAACUCCAGUCAUUGUAACAUUCAAUGAAAAAGUAACACCCGUUUGGGAUAUUCCAUUUCCAACAGUCACAAUAUGCCCCGAGACAAAAUAUCACAAAAGUCUCUUCAAUUAUACAGACGUUUAUUUUAAAUUUAAAUACUCAAAAAGUGCUACAAAAGAGGAGGCUUUUAUGUGGGAUGCAAUUUCACAAACAUGUAUAGAAUCUUUUUUUUAUUUUACUUUCCACUCAUUUUUGUUGUUCAUCUCCGAACCAUCUGAUCUAAUCAAAGCUAUGUUGACUGUAGCUCCCACAUUAGAUGAGACUUUAUCAGGGUGCUCUUGGAAAAAAUACAACGAACGCGUGAACGAAUCAUGUCAAGCACUAUUUGAUACUAUUUUGACUAAUGAAGGAAUUUGUUUUACGUUUAAUUCGCUUAAAUCUAAAUAUUAUUCACCAGAAUUGCUCAAAGUACGCAAAGCAGAUUUUAUCGGUACCCGAUUUGAAAAUGAUGAAGAAAUAAAAUGGGAUUUAGAAAACGGCUAUGAUCCAAAAGCUAAUGAAGAUGCUUUUCCAUAUCGUGUUUUAGAUGCUGGAGACAUGCAAAGUCUUUUUUUAACUCUGGCAGAUCGAAUAGAAGACAAACAAGAAAUAUGUAGAAAGUAUUUUCAAGGUUUUAAAAUACUGUUUCACACUCCCGGAGAAGACAUACAAGUACUGUCGAAGAAUUAUGUUUCUGUUCCCUUGGAUCAAUCCGUUUCGAUUGCAAUCACGCCGAAGGUUGUCACAUCUGAUGACUUGCGUCAUUAUACUCCAGAAGAACGCCAAUGCUAUUAUCAGGAUGAACCGAAGUUGAUGUAUUUCACAGUCUACACUCAGGCCAAUUGUGAAUUAGAAUGGCUGAAUAAUGCUACCCUAUUAGAAUGUGAAUGUUUGAGAAUUGGAAUGCCAAGAAAUACUACUCAUCCCGUUUGUGGAUACGACAGUCAGUAUUGCGUUGAAACUAUUGCAAGCUACCAUAGCAUUUUGGCAUUUAGAAGAGAAAAAAAUAUCGAAUUGGAUUAUUUUUGUAAAGAGAGAGGUUCUUGUAAAAGUUUUUGUCUACCAACAUGUUUCAGCAUUGAAUAUAAGGCAGAAAUUUCACAUCAAAAUGAAAUAGAUUAUGCUCAGGUAUUGAAAACUAAUGUCGACCCUUACACCAAUUUUAGAUACAAUUAUUCAAAAACUCGAAUAAGUCAAGUAAGAAUUCACUUCAAAGACCAUCAAUUCAAUGGUUUGAAGCGAUCCGAAUUGUAUAGUACAACCGAUUUAAUUGCAAAUUGUGGAGGUUUGUUGGGACUUUUUAUGGGUGUUUCGAUUUUGAGUAUGGUGGAAUUUGUAUACUUUUUUACAUUGAGAAUAUUGACGAAUUGGAAAAAUAAAAACAAGAUACAAGAAAAAAGAAGCAGUAGAAAUAAUGCUUUUUGGGCCCGUUCCGUUCGCCGCCCAAAGAUUUUUAAAAUCCGUCAGUCGAAACCGAAUUCAAGUAUUCGAUUUAGGAAACAAAAAACUAUCAAUAGGUAUUGAGUGUUAAUUAUGCGAGUAUCAACGCUGGAACAAUUUUAAGAAGUUAUCUAUGAAAAAAAAAUCAUUUUCUUUUAUUGGAUUUAUAAUUGCAUGGACAUUUUUUCAAAUAUAAAAGACCUCAACAAACUGGGCUUAAAUUAUUGAGAUUUACUAUUUAACAUUAAUAUUUUAAACACAAG